AUGGUCAAAAUCAAGUCGCCGAAUAAGCAACUCUGCUUCAAUGGAACCAAAGUCGAGUGGUUCUUGGAGACCUAUGAGAUAGUAGCCGGUUUGGACGAGGCUACCAAGCUUGAUAUGGCCAAGCAAAUCAGGCUUUUUGUUUCGAGCGACGAGCUUUUGGACGUGCUAGAAACGCUGGAUGGUUUCAGCCCACCUGAUUGGCCCAAGCUGAAGGCCGCAAUGAUUGCAUAUUGGGGGCAGGUCGAUACUGCCAAGUUUACGACACGCGAUCUGGACAAGCUGGUUGAGGAGUGGUUGUCUAAGGAAGGAGUUUUGUCCGCAGCCGACUAUCAAUUGUUUCGGAAGGUCUGGGAGCCAAUCCAGUCGUAUCUCUUGGCGAAGGCUCAUAUCGAUUCCGUUGAAGAGAUCCGGAAUUCCUACUACCAAGCGUUCUUGGCAGCUGUUCAGAACGAGAUCCGUAAAAAACUGAUCCGCGACGGCACCAUGGUGACGACUUUAGACAAGCGGUUCAACUUACCAAAUUUCAAGAUUCUACGAGAGGGGGUUGACAGCGUGAUGAAGGAACAGACCGCAUUGACUUUUGAAGAUUCUAGGACAUCUGAGGUGGUUCCGUCGCCAUCCUUCUCAGACGGGAAUCGAGUCAUGAAGAAGAUGGAGGAUGAUUGUCGCCCCAAAGAGGGUCUUCAACCAUCCAAGCCGGCACCGUCAAUGGACGAGUUGUCUAAAAUGUUUGAGGCUUUUGUGUCAGCCACCGUGAUGCCAAGAUGGUAA